AUGGACACUGGCAUAAGCUCACCUAUCGAUGUUAUCCGUGGUGCAAUAUGCAGUGAACUGAAAGGACCGAUGACCCCACGAGAUCGUUUGGGCAACCGGUUCCUGGUAUAUUUCAUUGCUCACCGGUCCAACUACUUUUGUGUGUUUUUGGCCAAGACCAAGGACGUCGCUGCACUCAAGUUCAAGCAUUUCCUUGUUCAAUUCGAACGCGAGUUCGAUUGCAAGAUUCAUGUGCUACGCACGGAUGGAGGCGGCGAGUACAAGAAUUUGGACGUGUUUUGCAAGGCAACGGGGGUUUCGCGUCAAGUUAGCGGGGCCAGUAAUCAAGCAAGCAACAGCAAGGCUGAACGUAUGCAUCGGACCAUGAAUGUGAUACAGUUAUUGGUGUUUGCCUCGAACCUACCCUUGACGUUCUGGAGCGAUGCCGCGGAAUAA